CCGCUUAUAGCUGCUAUAACAUUCUUCUCAGACAACAAAAAAGUGUAUUAAUAUUAUAUUAUUCACUCUCUCUCUUUGUCAGAUCCAUCCAUUGACAGAUCAGUUGAGACUUGUGAGAGAACAAGCAAGAAUAAUGGCAGAAAAUAGAACUGGGACCUCUCUGUUCUCUCCUUGCAAGAUGGGCAAGUUCAGCCUCUCUCACAGGGUGGUGCUGGCUCCCAUGACAAGAUGUAGGGCGUUGAAUGGGAUUCCAGGGGAUGCGCUCGCGGAGUACUACGCGCAGAGGUCAACUCCUGGCGGAUUUCUCAUCACCGAAGGAGCUCUGAUCUCCCCGACUGCUCCUGGGUUUCCUCAUGUGCCUGGAAUUUACUCAGAUGCACAGGUGGAGGCAUGGAAGAAGGUGGUGGAUGCAGUUCAUGCCAAAGGGAGCGUCAUAUUCUGUCAACUGUGGCACGUUGGCCGUGCAUCUCAUCAAGUUUAUCAACCUGGGGGGGUUCCACCAAUUUCAUCGACACACAAGCCCAUCUCAAACAGAUGGAGAAUUCUCAUGCCAGAUGGUACCUACGGCAUAUACCCAGCACCUCGAGCCUUGAAAACCUCUGAAAUACUAGAGUUGGUGGAACAUUAUAGCCAGGCAGCCUUGAAUGCCAUUCGAGCAGGUUUUGAUGGAGUUGAGAUCCACGGGGCGCAUGGUUACCUCAUUGAUCAAUUCUUAAAGAACGGAAUCAAUGACAGAGUAGAUGAGUAUGGUGGAUCAAUAGAAAACCGGUGCAGAUUCAUGAUGCAGGUGAUUCAGGCAGUAGUUUCAGCUGUUGGUGCAGAACGAGUAGCUUUCCGAAUGUCGCCAGCAAUUGAUCACCUUGAUGCCACAGACUCCGAUCCACUCAACUUAGGACUUUCAGUGAUUGAGAGGAUUAACAAGCUCCAGCUGCAGGUCGGCUCAAAACUCACCUAUCUGCAUGUCACUCAGCCACGCUACACAGCUUCAGGCCAAACAGAGUCACGCAGAACUGGUAGCGAAGAUGAAGAGGCCCAAAUGAUUAGGACUUGGAGAAGGGCAUAUCAGGGUACUUUCAUGUGCAGUGGCGGGUUCACCAGGGAGCUGGGGAUACAAGCUGUAACUGAAGGUGAUGCUGAUUUGGUAUCAUAUGGUAGACUUUUUAUCUCAAACCCAGAUUUAGUCUUGAGAUUGAAGCUUAAUGCACCACUGAAUAAGUAUAUCAGGAAAACGUUCUACACCCAGGAUCCUGUUGUUGGGUACACAGAUUACCCUUUCCUAAGCAAAGCAAAUGGAGUCCAGGUGCCACUGUCACGCCUCUGAAAGGGAAUUUUUGGUAUUCUUGGAGGCCUACAAUUGUUGAUUAUCUUGGUCGAGAGUUUGUGUCUACAGAACAUGAUCAUCUUCGCUAAAUAGGUAAGUAGCUCUUGGUAACAGAGCAAUGGUAGUCAAGAAGUUGCAUCAGUUUAAUGUAAUAAUUGGAACUCAUUUUUUGUCCAAAAACAAAUGUAAGAUUAAGUAUUUCUCUUA